AUGGAGAAGAAGUUAAGGAUAAAGAAGAAAGUAUGGAUGGGGAAGAAGUUUGGGAUGGAGAAGAAAUUUGGAAUGGAGAAGAAUCUACUAAGUAUGAAGAAGAAAUUAAGGAAGAAGAAGUUAAGGAAGGAGAAGAACUUUCGGAUGGGAUGGGAUAGGAUAGGAGAUUAUAUAGUUAAGGAUGGAGAAGAAACUUGGGAUGAUGGAGAACAAGUUAGGGAAGGAGAAGAAGAAGCUAAGGAUGGAGAAGUAGUUAUGGAUGGGGAAGAAGUGAAGGAAGGAGAAGAAGUUAAGGAAGAAGAAGAAGAAUAA